AUGGCUGACGAGACGCUAGACCUUCACCCAAAUAAAUGGGACUAUAACAAGAAAUUAAAAGCUGUAGACACUAGUAAUUGGAAUUCUACUCCAUAUAUCGAGAAUGAAUACGCCAUACAGCCUGAAAAGAAACCCUUCAAGUUGGCUAAGAUCCUGUAUAAUGAAGAGUCUAUCGAAGGAAUAACACUAAAUUCAAUCACAGUAACGAGUGUAUCAGUAUUUUAUGACCCCCAAAAAACCAAACUACUGGCCUUUUGCCUUUGCUCCGGGAAAAAAUAUAAUUAUUAUGCGAACCAAAACACUACCAAAGAAGUCACAAAAACAACCUUUACAACAUUUUCACUCAAUUACAAGCCUGACGUUACUAUAACCAGAAACUUUUUAGAGAAUAUAUAUGAGAAUAAGGGUUUGAACAUCGUAUCACUGGCCAGUAAUUGCAAUGAAAUUGCUAGAAAGCUAUUUAGAGACACAGAUAUAAUCUUUGACCUUGAUAAGCAUCUUGGUGGAGACGGAGAUUUUAAAAAGUACAAAUCUGAUACUCAUGGAGAAACUAUUAUAGUGUAUAAUCCAAAGCCAUUGGGUACUAGGUUUGUGGUUGUUAGGUAUUUAACAAGCAUGUUUACCAUCCUUGGAAUAAAGUUGAAAAAUAAGAAUAUAACAAUAAAUGGAGGGUUUCCUGCUGAAACAUUUACAGAAUUUUCUGUUUGUUAUAAAAAGGAGGACAAGAAGUAUAGUGAUCCCCUUCUCAUGGUUUUGAAAAUACAGUCCUCACAUCACACUAUUGGACAUAUCGCAGGAAUAUACCUUUUGUCAAAGAAUACUAAAAGCACAAUCUGGGAUAGUACAAAAGUCGCUGGUUUUGAAAUUUAUGAGAAAGACUUUGAAGAGGUUCUUGAUAAUAUAGUGAGAUACUCGAGACUUCAAACCUCGGGAUUAACACACGAUCUCAAGAAUAAACUGCGGGAUGGUACAAAAGAUCUUAUACUUGACAUAGAUAAGGUUACUAAACAGGAUUCUGAUACCUACAGUUACAAUGGUAAGACAGUUCACUACCGAAGGCAAAGUAUGGAAGAAGGUUAUUUUGCGAUGGAACAUGCUCACAAAUUUCAGACCUUUACCAUAAAGAAAGUAAAGACAAAAGAUAGCAGAUUUACGGAUAUUCCUUCCAAUAACAUUUUGGUUUCUCUAUUCAAAGUAUACUUUAAUGAGAGGAUAGGUGAACAUCCACUUCUGAUAUAUCUUCUGUAUAACGGAAAACAUAACUGGUUGAGGAGAUUUUAUGGAGACACUAAGUGGGAAAUUGUCACUGAUACCACUCUGGCUAAGGGGGAAACUUUGGGAUCUAUUAAGCGGCUUCUCGAUGUAUCAUCUAUCCCAAAGAUUACAAUAGAUUUACAGAAAAGGGGGUAUAUCUAUAAACCAGUCGAUAAUUCUUUACAAUUUCGAAUGACCAUGAAAAGAGUUCAACAUUCUAAUUACUAUGAGUUUAAAUAUUUCAGGGCUGGUAAUGAAACUUUCAAAAUCAAGAAUAUUCGAUAUGGAGCCAAAGAACUUAAAGGAAUGAACUUGAAUGGCGAAUGGACGAGUAUUUCGGCAUAUUACUGGGGAACUGAACCUUUAUAUGAUAGACUUAUGGUUGUUCAAUUCGGAGAUAGAGACGAAGAUUGUUAUUCAUAUGGUGGUGACAAUGAAGAGUGGAUACAAACUGCCAGUAAAUUUGAAACUACUAUUCUUGAGCUCCUUGAGAGUACAAAUUGCAAGAGAAAGAAUGCUCAUAUAAUAGACAUAGCCUCUACAAGCAUUUAUAGCUGUCAAGGGUGUGGAACAGGAAUAAAGGUGCAUACUAUUUAUUUUAGUCAAUAUCACUGUUAUGAGCACACUAUUACUGGUGAAGGUUCACCUUCAAUUUCCAGAUUCAAAGAUGGCAAUUUAUAUGACAUUGGAGUGCCUGCAUUUAGUAAUUUUAGGACCGUCUAUGUCUAUCUAAAAAAACACUUCGAAAAACCCCUUCUUAUUAACAUUGCAGGAUAUAUUGGAGAUGGUAAAGAGCCACCGUAUGAUGAAAGAUGGUACCAAAGAGGUUACAAUGCCGAUGGAAAAUGGGAAAAGGUAGGAAAAAAAGAUGCUCCCAAACGUUACAAUGAGUACGAGACAAUUUUAAAGAUUAUUUAUGGAACUAAAGAGGGAAAACAUCUAAAUAAACCAGUUGAGCAGGAAAAUAAAUUGUUAACCAAUCAGUAUAAUAAUAGCAUGGGUUAUAAUACAGGUUCAGAUGACAGAGCUAUCGGAACACCAGGAACUCAAUUAAGGAAUCAUAUUGUACAAGUUCGUGAAAACUCGAUUCCAUCUGAUACUCGGGUUUCCAUUCCAGCUUUAAAGAUUAAAAAUACAGCAAAACACAGUGUUAUAGCUGGCAAUAAAACCUCUGAAUCUGCUGUUUCAAAACCAACAGUUACGCAAAAUAAUCUUAAAGAUGCAGAAAUCAAAGCUAAAGUCACUAAAAUUGGUGAGGAACCUGACGCUUCCAAGAAAAUAGAGCACAAAGAAGUAUCUGUUGUGGAAGAUUCAUCUCAAAAUUUUUCUAAAGCCCCAAGUGAGGAUGGUAAAACCCAUAAAACUCCUUUACAUGAAAGUUCCGGUAGCACUUCCACUAUGGAUCGAUCAUUGGAUCCCAAUGGUGGUGACAGUAAUAGACAUAGAUCAACUGGAGGAGGGGAAACUAAUGAUAUAAGCCGAAACAGCACAGUUAGAGGGACUGGUGGUGAGAGGAUGGAUAUAGAAUCAAAACAAAAUACUGUUGCUACAAAUGAUCAUGUAUCUCAAAAUGGUUCUGAAUAUGACUUAGAAGGAAAUAAAGAAGGUGGAACGGACAGUGUUUCUACUGAUUCUGGUAGCCAGGAACAUUCAACUGCUGAUGAAGAUUCAGAUCAAAUACAAUCUAAUGGUGAUUCACAUGUUUCUCCUAAUAUCUCUGACUGGUUUAAAAAACAUGCUAUAACUAUUGGGUCUGCUGGUACAUUAGCUGUUGUAGUUCCUACUGGGAUAACCACUUAUUGUUGCAUUAAAAAUAGAAAGGUCUAA